CUGCCGGGACAGGCGCCCCUCACCAUCGGUGAAGCGCGAGCAGCCGGAGACCGAGGCCACAGCGCCGCUGCGCCUGCGUGCCUUUCACCUUCCCAGCGGCCGCCAUCGCGGCAGGCCCGCCCUCUCUUCUGGUGCCGGGCGGCUGCGAUGGGGGAGCCGGGCGGUGCAGAGGCCCGGGGUGCCGUGUCCGUGCUGCGGCCCUGGCUGGCAGCUCUGGGCCGGCGGCUGGCGGCAUCCGGGGGAGCGGGCAGCGGCGAUACCUUCUUAGCAAAGGGCUCUGCUACUCUGGAUAAAUUGAAGGACUUCUGUAACGAAGGGAAAGAACAUCCUUCCACGCUUUUGCAGCUCUAUACACAGGCUGUUUUAGACAUUACAUAUUUUGAGGAGAACCAGCUUGUGGAUGAAGAUUUUCCAGAAGAAUCCUCCUUGCAGAAAGUUAAAGAACUUACUUGUAUUCUUUCAGAGCCAGAAGCCCUAGUGAGGGAAUGCAGCAUAAAUGAAGAACCAGUGAACAUCCUUGGUGCAGAGUUGUUAGAAUGUCUUUACUGGAGAAAAGGAGCCCUGCUUUACAUGUAUUGUCAUACAGCAAAAGAAAGGAGUGAAUGGCUACGAGAAAACAUUGCCAUAUUUAAGAAGUGUCUUAAUGAUGGAGUUCAUUACCUGAUGAAGAUGCUCAGCUUUAGAUGCCCUCUUCAGCUAAAUGAAGAUGUCUCACUUCAAGAUAAAGACUCAGCUAGAUUACUCAGUGAAGGUGUCUUUAGUGACACUCACUUACUGGCAAUGAUGUACGGUGGAGAAAUGUGCUACUGGGGACUGCAACACUGUGGAGAAGGGAAGCAGGAAAGCCUUGAAACAACAGAUCCUGUCUCUAACAGUGACCUGGGUUGCAGAUCAAAGAGUGUCUGGCUGGAUUUCCGAGAAACGGGCAAAAACAUGUUAGAGAAAUAUGUGGCUGCAUGCGAGGGACCUUUAAAAGGCCAAGGGUGGAACACAGCAGCUGCAAAACAAAUGUUGUGUUACCUCAUGAAACCCCACAACUGAAACAG